AUGCACCGCAAGUCCAAUGUUUCCCCAGUUGUUUUGACCGUGCAGAAAAAAAGUGGCAACCAGUCCAGUCCUUUGCUAUAUGGGGUCAUGUUUGAGGGUACCAAUCCCGGAUUAACAGCUUACUCUGCGGUGGGAGAUGUGGAAAUAUCGCAGGAUAUGCUCAACCCUCUCAGCGAUGCAAUAACCUCCACUCUCCAGGUUCAAGUAAUGCCGUGGGAGACUGGGUUUGCUGGGUUCGUCAACAAGGGAUAUAACGGCGUACCAGUGAUGAACGCGACGUACAGGUGUGAAUUUUGGAUGAGGGGCGAGUACUCAGAUGUGAUUACUCUCCAGCUCGUGGGCAUAUCCAGUGAUAUUGUGUAUGCGGCGCACAAUAUGACCGUGAAUAGCACGUCGAGGUCCUUCACGCGUUAUGAAACUACAUUUAAUUCCACUGCGUCCCCCGAUGGCGAUAACGAGUUCCGCUUGUUGUUUGACGGGUCAAAAGUACCGGGCAUGAAGUUGAACUUUGGGUUGAUCCAAUUAUUCCCACCGACAUAUCACUCGAGACUGACACGCGAUGGGCGUGGAAUCGGACCAUUGGACCUGUUGUCGACCGUCCUGGGAGAGAGUGACUGGUUCUAUCCAAAUACUGAUGCGCUAGGCCUGGAUGAAUAUCUAUGGUGGUGUCAGGACAUGGGCAUGGAACCCGUGCUGGCUGUCUGGGACGGGAAAUCGUUCGGCGGCAUCUUGACGGGAUCGGACCUUCAACCCUAUGUGGAUGAUAUUCUGGAUGAACUGGAGUAUCUACUUGGUCCGCCAAACAGCACGUACGGAGGCAUGCGUGCAAGCAAUGGUCGAGAGGACCCAUGGUCCGUUCGGUACAUCGAAAUCGGCAACGAGGACGACUUCUCCGGUGGCUGCAAUACAUAUCCGGAUCGAUUCCAGCAGAUCUAUAAUGCCAUUAGUGAAAAGUACCCGCAGCUUACGAUCGUCGCGUCGACCAUAGACGGACGAUGUCUCCCGGAGGCGUUGCCUGGGAUUAUAUAUGACUACCAUUACUACCGCCGACCGGAUGAACUGGCUGCCAUGUUCGAUGAAUGGGACAACCAGCCUCGAUCCCAGCCUGUCAUGUGCAGCUGCAGCGAGGCCGUCCAUAUGAUCGGACUGGAGAGGAACAGUGACGUGGUCAAGAUGGCAGCAUAUACUCCUCUGCUUCAGCAUUUUGGGUUCACCCAGUGGUCGCCGACCCUGUACGGGUUCGAUUCGGGCCCAGACUCGAUCACGCUGUCGACUUCGUACUACGUGCAGAAGAUGUUCUCGACCAACCGUGGCACGACCAUUCUACCUGUUAAAACCACUGCUGAGUUUGGGCCACUGUACUGGGUUGCUUCGAGAGCCAAUAGCACAUACUACGUCAAGUUGGCGAACUAUGGCGAGGAAAAGCAAACAGUCCAUGUGCAAGUGCCGGACACUCGGUCGGGGAGACUGGAGAUGCUCUCAGGGCCCCGGGAUGCUAGCAACCGGCCGCACAAUAUCACUGUCCAGCCUAGUGUGCAGAAGGUGACGAACCAGAGAGGGAGCUACAAGUUUGAUAUGGCUGCAUGGGCUGUGGCGGUUCUCGCUGUGUCAUGA